AUGCGAAACCGUGUUUUUCUCGUUUUCUGCGCCUUCACCCUUGCGAACCUUUCGGGUGCCUCGGCUAUCAACUAUUACUCGCCUACCCUAUUUGGAUCCAUCGGUAUCUCAGACGUUGCCCUCUACACUGGGAUAUACGGUCUGGUCAAGGCAGUUGCGUCCCUCAUAUUCUAUAUCCUCCUGGUAGAUCUCAUUGGUCGACGAAGACCAGUUAUUGUGUCGUCACUAGCUUGUUCACUUUGUCUCUGGUUUGUGGGAAGCUACGUCAAAGUUGGCCAUCCGGCCGACAUCAUCUCAGCCGGUGGCACUCUAUCCGACUCAACUACCAAAGGCGGUCAAGCUGCCACAGCCAUGAUCAUGAUCUACUCCAUUUUCUGGUCCUUUGGACUGAAUGGCAUUCCAUGGAUUGUAUCCGGAGAGAUCUUCCCCGGUGCACUGCGAAACCUGUCUGGAACCUGGGCUGCCUUGGUACAAUGGGCUAUUCAAUUCCCGAUUACUAAAGCUCUGCCGUAUAUAUUCAGCUCUUUCGGCUACGGCACUUGGUACUUCUUUGCCUCGUGGAUGUUGGUCGCAACCGCUUGGGCAUUCUUCCUCCUACCCGAGACCAAGGGACUUACCAUCGAUCAAAUGGACAUUAUCUUUGGCUAUAACACCGAUGCCCCUUAUUCGAUUCCGCAUAGCUCCCGUACUACAAAAGAGAUCCCAAUGAUGAUAGAGCACGCUGGCGAGAAGGAGGUGUAA